GGAUGUUAGUAUAUAUAGAAUAGAGAGUCUACAUACUCAAAGAGUCAAAGAUAUAUCUCCUCAAAUAACACAUGCAAGAAAACAUCUCUCUUUAAGAGAAUGGAAAGCAAAGCAAUUCAAGCGAACAUCAUGGGAAGCACUAACCAGUGGAGGAAGAUAAAACCUAGAUUUCUUUGCCUUCAUGGAUUCAGAACUAGGGCGGAUAUUCUCAAGAAUGAAUUGCUCCGUAAAUGGGAUCCAGUCAUCCUAGAUAAAAUAGACCUGGUCUUUGUAAAUGCCCCUUUUCCAUGUCGGGGUAAAUCCGACAUGGAGGGCAUUUACGACCCUCCAUAUUAUGAAUGGUACCAUACUAAUAAGGAAAUGACUCAAGCACAUGAAAAAGUGAAUGAAUGUAUUACAUAUAUAGAAGAUUGCAUGAUCAGAUAUGGGCCUUUUGAUGGUCUUCUUGGGUUCUCCCAGGGAGGAAUAAUGGCAGCAGUCUUGGCUCUCUUACAAGAAAAGGAUUUGGCUCUGACCAAAAUUCCAAAGAUCAAGUGUGUGAUAAUAAUUGGAUGUGGGAAAAUAAAGGACAAAUCAGUAGCAGAGAAAGCAUAUGGUUCGCCAAUCACGUGCCCAUCUCUUCAUUUCAUAGGGAAGGAAGACGACUACAUAAGGGAAUCUGGGAUACAACUCCUCCAAUAUUUUGUUGAUCCUAUUGUCAUUCAUCAUCCCAAAGGCCACACCAUUCCCAGAUUUGAUGAGAAAAGUUUGGGAGAAAUGCUUUCCUUCAUCGAGAGGAUUGAAAGGGAUAUCAACGGAGCAGAAAAAUUCUCCUUAGGGCAUAAGUCCAUGUUAUAAAAAGCUCUAAAAUCAAUUUGUAGCUAUGGAUGUUGCAAUGCGGGCGCAGCACUUAUGGAACGUAAAUGGGAAUUAUGAAAUGAAACUUUGUAAUAAUAAAUAGGUGACAACUCCGGUAUCCAUUUAAAAAAUGGAGUAUCGUACCUACCAUUCAUUUGAUUAGUUCAAAUCAUUACAUCAUUUUUAAUUUAGAUUUAAAUAAUUCAACUACAUCAUUCUGAUUGGUCCAUAUGAACAAAGGUAUGGUAUUUUAAGGGUACCAUAGAAUCUACCUAAUAAAUAAUGCAUAAUGAUUGAAUGAAAAUAAAGUCAAGACUUUUUAUUUGAUA